AUGAAACUAGAAUUUGCAAAAUUGGAAGAGGAACCAGCGAAGCAUUCAACUAGUGUGAGAAGGUCAGGUAGCAAGGUUACCUACAGACCGCCUCCGGCCGGAUGGAUCAAAUGCAAUGUUGACGCAGCGUUCGUUGAGACACGCUCUACAGGAGCCACAACAGCGGUAUACAGAGACCCUAACGGAUCCCUUCUCACAGGAAUCAACUCCACAAUAGUCGCCACUUCGCCAUUAGCUGCGGAAGCAUUAGCGGUUAGGGAAGCUCUAAUUAUGUCAACAAAUUUUCAGAUGGAGAAGGUUAUCAUAGAAUCAGAUAAUCAGAUACUGGUUCAAGCCUUAAAGUCACAUGCAUCAAUUGCAGAUAUUCAAGUUAUACUAGAUGACAUAUUGUAUUUAGUAAAAGGCAUUCCUAAUUGUGGUUUUACCUGGGCACCCAAAGAAGAAAACUUAUUAGCACAUGAAGUCGCCAAGCUCACAGAGGACGGAGAGGUUGACAGCGGCCUUGAAGUUGGAACACUUGCUAAGGAAAUGAGAGAUUCGGAAGUGACUAGAAGGAGAAAGGGAGAAUUGGAACCAGUGUUGUGGAGGAGAGUAGAUGCGCCACCGGCGGGAAAGAAGAUUGAAUCCGCAGCGGAAGAUGAGAUUGGAUUAUAG